GAUAUAUAUACUGGUAACAAGCCUCCAUAUGUAUAACAUUUAUUUAGUACAGAGCCGUCUAUGUCAAAAUUGCCGACUUUACCAGCGUACAUCGCCGCUAUGCAACAACUCCUCGCGUUCAUUCUACAGAUCCCACCAGUAGAUCCAUCAACCUCCCUACGCAUAACCUUCCUCCUUCGUCUCACAGGCGACGUUAUGAAUUCAGUCCCAGGUUACCCCGCAGAGAUCAAGUCACUACCCCAGCUACUGGAGUUUCUUGAUGAUCUUGACCAUGCAUGGCACGCUGUGCUCAGAGCCCAAGUUUGGGAUCCUACUGCAGGAGAGGGAGUAGACCUAGUCAUCCCAGUCGAGAACAUUGAUAUCCACCAGUCGAAAACCAUCCGGUCGUCUCCAAUGAGUCAAACAGAACGGACGAGGCUCCGCAGCUUACUAGUCAUGGGUACAGCUGAGAUGGAGGAAUGGUUAACAGGGCUAGAUGUGCAAGGUGAAAAUUAUCAGUUGGCAUU